UUGCCAAAGUGGGUCAUUAAGCACAAUCAACGCCCCAAUUUCGUUCCUGUGUGAGAGUGUGUGCGUACAGGAGCCGCGCGUCUGGCUGACCUGCUCCUCUUACGCCCCUGCUGGCUCUCCUUUCGGUGGGCUCCGGGAUGCUUCAUGGUGUUUGUGCCAUCUAGGGUUUUUCGCUGCUCUAUUGCAGCCUUUCCGACGCAGAUACAUUACAUCGCUCUAUCUGCGCGCUCUCCGGACGAGCAAUUCGACUUUUAAACAUUAAAAAAACAAACACUUUGUUGUUUCUGAUUUACCGUUUCUUUUUGCAAGAAAUCCCGUUUUUGUUCGGAUAACUACUUUGGAUAUUCCAACCAUUCCAAGGACGAGGACUCAAGUAGCGAGGAGCAGACGGGGGGGAAACCUGUUUGUGUAAAUGUAGCGACUUUUCCGGCGAAGAAUUACACAGAUAACUGCAGCGAGUUGGUUAUUUUUAAAGCAAAAAUGCUCUGAAGCUCCAUGUCGCAGCUUGGCUUCCGGCUAAAAAAGCGCAGGUUUAACGCAGUAUCUGCUGGUGCGGGGAGGAAUAAAACUCGUCUUGUGCGAGACAAGGAGCGAUAUGCGGCUCGGCGGGCGGCUGCUUUUGCGGUUCUCCUGGAAUUAGACGAGGGAUGGAAAGGGAGCGGCUAUAAGGUUCAAAUCUUGGAAGAGGAAAAAGAGUUCUUUGGGAAGCUGUGGAUGGCACAUAAUGGACCACUAUCUGUCGUUGCAGGUAAAAGAUUGAAUGGAUGAGGUGGACAACUUCUUUGGCUGCAGCACACACAGAUAGUGUAGCGUUCAUUUGCGAGAGGAGGACUCCCAGGAUUCGGGACUGACUGUUCCCCGAAGGAGAAAUUCAAGGCGGAUUGAAAAAAACAAAUUGAGACGAAUAUAUAACCAGGAUGAUGCAAAGUGGACUUGGACAAGUUGUUGAAAUGAAUCACUAUGUAUUUGGAUACCUGACCUGAUCAAACAGCAUAAGCCUGAUUCUGCUGAUCGUGCCUCCCGCUCUCUGAGUGUGAAUGUGUGGCCUGGAGGUUUUUCUGAGAGACCAUAUGGCACAAUACACCACAAUAUAGGUUCCCUUUAAUGAGGUAACAUGGACAAAGUGGUCAUCUGCCUCCUGAUUCUGGGAACCGCUAUGACAAUGGUCCAUGCAUGUCCCAAAUACUGCGUCUGUCAGAACCUCUCGGAGUCUCUGGGGACCUUGUGCCCCUCCAAAGGCCUGCUCUUCGUGCCACCUGACAUCGACCGGAGAACUGUAGAGCUCCGACUGGGUGGCAACUUCAUCCUUAAGGUCACCACUCAGGACUUUGCCAACAUGACUGGUCUGGUGGAUCUCACUUUGUCCCGCAACACCAUCAGCAGCAUCCAGCCUUUUUCCUUCAUUGAUCUGGAGACCUUGAGGUCACUGCACCUUGACAGCAACCGGUUGACUGAACUGGGUCCAGAUGACCUACGAGGGCUGAUCAAUCUGCAGCACCUGAUCCUCAACAACAAUCAGCUAAAUGAAAUCUCAGAAGCAGCUUUUGAGGAUUUAAUGCUGACGCUGGAGGAUUUAGAUUUGUCUUACAACAACCUGCGCAGUGUGCCUUGGGAGGCCAUCCGUAAGAUGGUCAACCUCCAUCAGAUGAGUUUGGAUCAUAACCUCAUCUCCUUCAUUGCUGAGGGGACUUUUACAGACCUCGAAAAACUGGCUCGCCUGGACCUGACAUCCAACCGCCUCCAGAAGCUCCCUCCAGACCCGAUCUUUGCACGCUCCCAGAGCAGCAUGGUGAUGAGCACUCCUUAUGCACCUCAACUCUCUCUCAGCUUUGGUGGAAACCCACUGCACUGUAACUGUGAGGUACUGUGGCUGCGAAGGCUGGACCGUGAGGAUGAUAUGGAAACCUGUGCCUCUCCAGCCAGUCUAAAAGGGCGCUACUUUUGGUCUGUUCGUGAGGAGGAAUUUGUCUGCGAGCCUCCAUUAAUCACUCAACAUACGCAUAAGUUGCUGGUGUUGGAGGGCCAAACGGCUAGCUUGCGUUGCAAAGCAGUCGGCGACCCAAUGCCUACUGUGCAUUGGGUUGCUCCAGACGAUCGUUUGAUUGGUAACUCCUCAAGAGCUACUGUUUAUGAAAAUGGCACCCUUGACAUAGCAGUCACAACAUCCAAGGAUUAUGGCAUUUUCACUUGCAUCGCUGCUAAUGCUGCAGGGGAGUCUACAGCUUCCAUUGAGCUAUCAAUCAUUCAGCUGCCCCACAUCACUAACAGUACUAAUCGUACCACACUGCCAAAAUCAGGACUUUCAGACAUCACAAGCUCUACUAAGAUAAGCAAAGGGGAGCCCAAGCCUCUUCCAGAAAAGGUGGUUUCUGUGUCUGAAGUGACCGCCGUCUCCGCUCUUGUUAAGUGGACUGUGAGCAAAUCAACUCCAAAGGUCAAAAUGUUCCAGCUUCAGUACAACUGUUCUGACGAUGAAGUCCUAAUUUACAGGAUGAUUCCCCGGACUCACCGGGCCUUUGUGGUCACUAAUCUGGUCCCUGGAAUGCAGUACGACUUGUGUGUCCUGGCUAUUUGGGAUGACACUGCAACCACUCUCACUGCCACCAACAUUGUUGGAUGUGUCCAGUUCGUCACCACAGAGGAUUACCCACAGUGCCAGUCUCUGCACAGUGGCUUUAUGGGUGGCACCAUGAUUCUGGUCAUCGGUGGUAUUAUCGUUGCAAUUCUGCUGGUCUUCAUCAUCAUCCUGAUGGUUCGCUACAAGGUCACCAGUGGAAUUCAAACCAGUAAAUUACCCACUGUGAGUAACACGUACUCCCAGACAAACGGGGGAGUGAACCGGUUCAAUGGAGCCCCACCGCAGGUCAAGUCCACAGUGGUGGUCAUGCGUGAGGAAAUGCUGGAGUUUAAGUGUGGAUCUCUCCAAAGCAGUCUUUCUUCGUCGUCAUCGUCCUCUAACUCAUUGGACAGCCAAACUGGAAGAGGAGUAGGUGACCGCUACAAUGUUCAAGACAGUGAAUGCAGCACCGUGCCCGGCAACAAGUUCAGGAGGCAUGUGCACGGCACCAAGGCGCGGCAAAAUCUGGACCACCUUUUAGGGGCCUUUACUUCACUAGAGUUACGAAGUGCAGCAAAGGACCACCAAGGACCUUCUGCCUCUUCCUCCUCCGCUGUUCCCAACGCCAUGACAACAGUGGCUGUGGUACCACCAUCUGAUAAAGAACCCCUGCUCGGGAGGGCUGAGUCCACAACAAUGCUGGGGCGUCUACUUGGGUUUCCCCAAGAGGGAAAACCUAAGAGGAGUCACUCGUUCGACAUGGGACAUGUCGGGGUAGCGCAGUGUCGCAGCAGCCAGCCACGCAGGAUCAGUAAUAUCUGGACUAAACGCAGCCUGUCUGUUAAUGGCAUGCUUCUGCAGUACGAUGACAGUGAGGACGAGAAGCCUUCUUUUGAGAGCUCUGAGUGGGUAAUGGAAAGCACAGUCUGACUAUGACCAAACAAUAGAUCUAUAUUAAAAACUAAACAAACAUGAACACAGAGAGACGUUCGGUAUGAAGUUCAACCAUGUGAAUACACUUUAAAUGAUUAUGUGAAGAAAAACUAAAAGAUAGCUGUCCGAGAUCGGAACUCUGUUGACUAUAUUUGAUUUUUUUUUUCAUUGGAAUCGACUGGAGAAAUUGCCUAUAUGGAUUAACUAUCUACAGAAAGAGAAGAUACUCAGACUGCAUUUUCGUCUUUAAAGGAACUGAACACUGAGGAGUUACCUCAAAUGGGAUUACACGUUUCAGACUGGACAUGGGAAUACUCCAGCUGUAGAAAAAGGGGGACCACGGGAGCUAGGAUAGUAGAAAAUUAGAACAAAAGACAUUUUUAUUUUCAUCUGGGUUUUUUUCUAUCAUUUGUACUAUUUAUUAUUUCAAGUAAUUCAUCAGAAGAAAGACUCACCUCAAAACAUUAGAAACAGGUUUACACAGGAUGUACCAACUCUCACGUUGCCAUUUUAUGCAGUUUUUUUCUUUGAAAUUGCAAAUUUAUUAAUUUCCUCAGGUUGCGUAUGAGGUGACAGUAUGGAAAACAAAGAAAAUAACUUGAAUCACAGGCUUAGCUUGUACUGAACUUCUUGAAGGGGUUAUUUUAGCUUUCAGUAUCUUAAAGGCAGUCCACAGUCAACAGUCAGAUUGAUCUCAUCUUGAGAAAUCAGAGAGGAACUCACAUUGGGAAAUUGAGCUAACAGCUAAUCAAAGUAGGAAAACCAUAUGUAUGGAAUCUAAAAAAGUCAGUAAAAUUUUUCCCAUCUGUUUAAGCUGCAAGUUUAUUAAGUACCUUGACACAUUCUCACGAAAAUAUUGUUUGUCAGUUUUUUAACCAGUGUCUGCGUAUUCGUGCGUAUCUAUGGUCUAAUACAAACAACUAGAAUCCAAAGAUUGCUUAUAGGGUGGCUGGACUUUUUUUUUUUUUAAGAAAUGGUGCAAAGCUUGGCUAUUGGGAAGGAACUUAGAGUAGAAUCAGUAGAAUCAUUGCUUCUUUGCAUUGAUCGGAGACAGUGAAAGCAGUUUGGGUGGCAGGUAAGAGCUUUUUAGUUAUGUCCCAAGAGGAAUAGGGCCCUCAAAAGAACCAGAAUUUGCUGUAAAUAUUAAGCCUUACAGCUAUCUUGAGGGUUCCUAAAAAUCUAGGGGCUGUCUUUAUAACUAGUAAAUCUCUAGUAUAGAACUGAAGGACAGAUUUGGUAGUGCGUUAGAUGAAUAUCUGCCGUGAUGAGGACACUGCAUCAGUGUGUAGUGAUGAAGCGAGAACUGGGCCAAAAGACUAUUGAUUUAAAUUUACAACUCCAACUAAGUUCCAUCAAUGGCCUGAGAGCCAUCAAUUGUCAAAAAGCGAAAAUGUGCUCUAGGAGCAGCUGUUAGCUUGAUUUCAUAAGAAUUUCUUCCCAAUUCUCAAUGUUCAGAUCACUCCAACUUUUGGAAAAUACUGAUGGCCAAUACCUAUUCCACAAGACCUAUAUAUAUAUAUAUAUAUAUAU